GGCUGGGUGGCUCUCUCCGCGCCCACCAGGCUGGCCCCCCGGGCCCGGGCUGCUCUUGCCCGGGCGCGGGCUGCACCAGAGUCCCAGAGCAAGCUUCCUGGAAUCCAUGAGCCGUGCAGUCUUGUCAGCAUUCGCACCAUCUGAGGGUAGCAGUGAGAAGCAGAAGAAGUGGGUGUAGACUUCUGCUCACGGUUUAGUAACUCUGGACCCCGGGGGCAACCAUUUUCACACGUUUUGUGUUGCACUUGAAGAUGCUGUUUCUCAUUCGUUAAAUACUGGAAGAAUCAAGCAUUGAGUGCAAUCUGGAUCAGGCUUCAAGUACAGUGUUUCGGGGCACUGCGGUAUCUCUUUGAGUGACCCUGGUGGCUUAUGGGACGUUGGCUGCAGACCGCCUGUGACAUACCAUGCUGCGUGGGAUGAUGACGGCGCGGAGAGGGAAGAGGCCUGAGGUCACAGUCGCCUGCCUCCUCCUGGCCACAGCAGGCUGCUUUGCGGACUUGGACGAGGUCCCCCAGGUCACCGUCCAGCCUGCGUCUACUGUCCAGAAGCUCGGCGGAACUGUGAUUCUGGGCUGCGUGGUGGAGCCCCCGUGGAUGAACGUAACCUGGCGCCUGAACGGGAAGGAGCUGAACGGCUCCGACGACACUCUGGGCGUCCUCCUCACCCGCGGGACCCUCGUCAUCCCUUCCCUCAGCAACCACACCGUGGGGCGGUACCAGUGUGUGGCCCGGAUGCCCGUGGGGGCUGUGGCCAGCGUGCCAGCCACAGUGACACUAGCCAAUCUCCAGGACUUCAAGUUAGAUGUGCAGCACGUGAUUGAAGUGGACGAGGGGAACACAGCCGUCAUCGCCUGCCACCUUCCCGAGAGCCACCCGAAAGCCCAGGUCCGGUACAGCGUCAAACAGGAGUGGCUCGAGGCCUCCAGAGAUAACUACCUGAUCAUGCCGUCAGGGAACCUGCAGAUUGUAAACGCAAGCCAGGAGGACGAAGGCAUGUACAAGUGCGCCGCCUACAACCCAGUGACCCAGGAAGUGAAAACCUCUGGCUCCAGCGAUAGGCUGCGCGUGCGCCGCUCCACUGCCGAGGCCGCCCGCAUCAUCUACCCCCCGGAGGCCCAGACCAUCAUCGUCACCAAAGGCCAGAGCCUCAUCCUGGAGUGUGUGGCCGGCGGGAUCCCCCCGCCCCGCGUCACCUGGGCCAAGGACGGGACCAGUGUCACUGGCUACAAUAAGACGCGCUUCCUCCUGAGCAACCUGCUCAUCGACCCCACGAGUGAAGAGGACUCGGGCACCUACCGCUGCAUGGCCGACAACGGGGUCGGCACACCUGGCGCUGCCGUCAUCCUCUACAACGUCCAGGUGUUCGAACCCCCCGAGGUCAGCGUGGAGCUGUCCCAGCUGGUCAUCCCGUGGGGCCAGAGCGCCAAGCUCACCUGUGAGGUGCGCGGGAACCCACCACCUUCCGUGCUAUGGCUGAGGAACGCCGUGCCCCUGGCCGCCAGCCAGCGCCUGCGGCUGUCCCGCAGGGCCUUGCGUGUGGUGAGCGUGGGGCCUGAGGACGAAGGCGUCUACCAGUGCAUGGCUGAGAAUGAAGUCGGGAGCGCCCACGCCGUGGUCCAGCUGAGGACUGCCAGGCCGGGCACAACCCUGCAACCCUGGCGGGAUGCCAGGCUGGCCACUGCCACCCCGGCUGCGCCGCCCUUCAGACCCGGCAGCCCUGACCAGAUGCUGGGGGGACGGCUGGGGCUCGCCAGGCCCCCUGCGUCAGUGCAGCCUGCUUCCCCGCAGUGCCCGGGAGAGAAGGGGCAGGUGGCUCCUGCCGAGGCCCCCAUCAUCCUCAGCUCCCCCCGCACCUCCAAGACAGACUCCUACGAGCUGGUGUGGCGGCCUCGGCACGAGGGCGGCAGCCGGGCACCGAUCCUCUACUACGUGGUGAAACACCGCAAGCAGGUCACAAACUCCUCUGAUGACUGGACGAUCGCCGGCAUCCCCGCCGGCCAGCACCGCCUGACCCUCACCAGGCUUGACCCAGGGAGCCUGUAUGAAGUGGAGAUGGCAGCGUACAACUGUGCGGGCGAGGGCCAGACAGCCAUGGUCACCUUCCGAACUGGACGGCGGCCCAAACCCGAGAUUGUGGCCAGUAAGGAGCAGCAGAUCCAGAGAGAUGACCCUGGCGCCAGCCCCCAGAGCAGCAGCCAGCCGGACCACGGCCGCCUCUCGCCCCCAGAAGCUCCAGACAGGCCCACUAUCUCCAUGGCCUCCGAGACCUCCGUGUACGUGACCUGGAUUCCCCGUGGGAACGGUGGGUUCCCGAUCCAGUCCUUCCGUGUGGAGUACAAGAAGCUAAAGAAAGUGGGAGACUGGAUUCUGGCCACCAGUGCCAUCCCUCCCUCCCGGCUCUCUGUGGAGAUCACAGGCCUGGAGAAAGGCACCUCUUACAAGUUCCGAGUCCGGGCACUGAACAUGCUGGGGGAGAGUGAGCCCAGCGCCCCCUCCCGGCCCUACAUGGUGUCUGGCUACAGCGGGCGUGUGUAUGAGCGGCCUGUGGCAGGCCCAUACAUCACCUUCACAGAUGCUGUCAAUGAGACCACUAUCAUGCUCAAGUGGAUGUAUAUUCCAGCAAGUAACAACAACACCCCAAUCCAUGGCUUUUACAUUUAUUAUCGGCCCACCGACAGUGACAAUGACAGUGACUACAAGAAGGACAUGGUGGAAGGGGACAGGUACUGGCACUCUAUCAGCCACCUGCAGCCAGAGACCUCCUAUGACAUUAAGAUGCAGUGCUUCAACGCAGGAGGCGAGAGCGAGUUCAGCAACGUGAUGAUCUGCGAGACCAAAGCCCGCAAGUCUUCGGGCCAUCCGGGUCGACUCCCGCCCCCAACAAUGGCCCCACCGCAGCCUCCACUGCCUGAAACCAAAGAGCGGCCGGUGGGCACCGGGGCCAUGGUGGCCCGCUCCAGCGACCUGCCCUACCUGAUCGUCGGCGUCGUCCUGGGCUCCAUCGUCCUCAUCAUUGUCACCUUCAUCCCCUUCUGCUUGUGGAGGGCCUGGUCUAAGCAGAAACAUACCACAGACCUGGCUUUCCCUCGAAGUGCCCUGCUGGCCUCCUCCUGCCAGUACACCAUGGUGCCGCUCGGAGGACUCCCGGGCCACCGAGCCAACACUCAGCCCUAUGGCAGUGGCCUCAAUGGACAGGCCCGUGCCGGCAGGGUCCACGUGAGCAGGGGCUGCCCCGCCGGGCCCGCGGCCUACCCCGGCAUGAAGCCUCAGCAGCACUGCCCAGGGGAGCUUCAGCAGCAAGAUGACACCAACAGCCUGCUGAGCCAGACCCUUCUUGGCAAUGUUUACGACUCCCAAAGCCACCAGCUGACCAGGGGCCCCACGCCUCACCCAGACGAGGGCGCUUUCUUAUACACACUGCCUGAUGACUCAGCUCCCCAGCUGCUGCAGCCCCACCUCCAGGAACAGCCUCUGGCCACGGGCCGGUCACACGUGAGGAGUGCGCCCGACGGUCCUGGGCUGGAGGCACCGUGGGACCCUGCAUUUCACUCAGGGACCCCGUGCUGUUUGGGCCUGGUACCCGUGGAAGAGGUGGACAGUCCUGACAUCUGCCACGUGGGUGGAGGAGACUGGUGUCCCCAGCACCCCACAGGGUCCUACCUAGGACAGGAACCUGUGGUGCGGCGCUCCGCCAGCCCAACGGUGCACGUGUCGUUUGAAACGCCGCCUCCUGCAGUUUAGGCAGAAGCUGAUAUCCCAGAAAGACUAUGUUUUUGUUUUUUUUUUUUAAAGAGACAGAGAAAAAUUGGUAUUUAUUUUUCUAUUAUAGUCAUAUUUAUAUAUUUAUGCACUUGUAAAUAACUGUAUAUGUGUUUUUAUAAUUCUGGAGAGACAUAAGGCAUCCUUCCCACUGAAGCACGAGAGGGAAACAAACCUCAGCAGGACAGAGUAAUGGCGAUGGCCAGAGCACGGACUCCUUGCUGAGGACUUCUGCCGGCUGCCUGGGAGGCGGCAGGAGGCCCACAGCCCAGCGGACGAAAGGCAGACUCCUAGGCACACUGCACUUGACUGCCACGAGGGAAGAGCAAGAACCACAGUCUGGAGACAGACCCCCGAAGAUGGCUGCAUCUGUGCUACAGGAAACGCUUUCCUGAGACGCCAGGAGACCAGACUGCGAUGUGUACAGCACCAUAAGCAUUAACAGACCUUCCAGCAUCAGUAAUCUGUGACAACAUAUCUCUGUAAAAACAAACACUGUAACUUCUAAAUAAAUAUUUAGUCU